AAUCCGUCCAAUUGCCAAACUGAUUCUGGGCAAAAGCGGUAGUCUUUACAGAUUCGCGAUUUUCAUAAACAGCAACAAAGAAUAGAAAGAAGAGAUUAGCAGAGCGUUUCCAGAUAAUCAAUACAGAUAACAGAAAGGACAGAAUAGAGCGACGUAGGCCUAUUUUGACAAGGAAAUCUCACAGUACAAGUAGCAUAAUACAAUUCAACUACGUAACGCUACCAUAAACACACAAUCACCAUACAAUAGUCUAUUACCACACAAUAACAAUACAUACUAUGUCUCAACAGGAGGCUAUCAACAACGCGAAUCAGAUCAGCAAUGCUCUCAAUGCGCUCCAGCAGAAGAAUCCCAAACCAAAACGGGACUUGUCCAUCUACGUUAUGGAAGACGGAACGACAAUUAACACCCAGGAAAGAGCCAUUUCUACCAUAGAGCCUCCGGCCACAUUCAAGCCUACUGAUGAACAGCUUUUCUUGCCCAAUGGAUUGCCCAACUGUGCUUUUCUCAAGGACCAUUUUUUCCGCGAGGGUAGACUUCAUGAGGAACAGGCGAUUAGGAUCGUCAGAGCUGCUACAGAGCUCUUGCGAAAGGAGCCGAAUAUGCUCCAUGUGCCUGCUCCUGUAACAAUAUGUGGCGACGUCCAUGGACAAUACUACGAUUUGAUGAAGCUCUUUGAAGUCGGAGGCAAUCCAGAGAGUACGGCGUACUUGUUCCUAGGCGACUACGUUGACAGAGGCUCGUUCUCCAUCGAAUGUCUUGUUUACUUAUAUGCAUUGAAGUUGAACUACAAUCUGAGCUUCUGGAUGUUGAGAGGUAACCAUGAAUGCAAGCAUUUGACUGAGUAUUUCACAUUCAAGUCUGAAUGCUUGCACAAGUACUCUGCCGAUUUAUAUGAAGAAUGUUUGGCAUCGUUUAACGCCUUGCCGUUGGCUGCGAUCAUGAACAACCAGUUCUUUUGUGUCCACGGAGGUUUGUCUCCAGAGUUGAAGACACUUGCCGACUUGGAGCGACUUGAUCGUUUCAGAGAACCACCCACAAAAGGGCUUAUGUGCGAUCUCUUAUGGGCUGAUCCCACAGAAGAGUACGAUGAAGACAAUAUGGACCAAACGUUUGUCAGAAACACCGUUCGUGGCUGUUCCUACGCAUUUACAUACAAGGCAUCAUGUCAGUUCUUGGAGCGAACGGGCUUGCUCUCAGUGAUCAGAGCCCAUGAGGCCCAGGAUGCUGGCUACAGAAUGUAUAAGCGAACAAAGACUUUAGGAUUCCCAUCUUUGUUGACGAUGUUUUCUGCUCCAAACUACUUGGACACAUACAACAACAAGGCUGCAGUUCUCAAAUACGAGAAUAACGUGAUGAACAUCCGUCAAUUCAAUGCAUCACCUCAUCCCUAUUGGCUUCCGCAUUUUAUGGACGUAUUUACGUGGUCGUUACCGUUUGUUGGUGAGAAAGUUACAGACAUGUUGGUUUCGAUAUUGAAUAUCUGUACUGAAGAAGAAUUGGACGAAGAGACCCCGUUGGCCGAAGAGGCUAUCACGCAGAAUGUUAGCGCUGUCUCCACAAAUCCAGGACAAGCACCAGGAGCGGUAUCACUGGUACAGACUAAUCCUCCUACUACAGUGCAAGAGGACGAUUCUCUCGAUGCCAAAAAGCUCGCAUUACGUAAUAAGAUCAUCGCUAUAGGCAGAAUCUCGAGAAUGUACCAAGUAUUGAGACAAGAAUCUGAGAACGUUGCACAUUUGAAAGAGUUGAACAGUGGGUCACUUCCUAAAGGCUCAUUGUUGAAUGGUGCUGAUGGUUUGAAGAAGACCAUCACCAGUUUCGAAGAAGCCAGAAAAGCUGACUUAGUCAAUGAAGCUUUACCACCAACUGCUGAAGAGUUCAGAAAGAUAGAAGAAGAACGUGGAGAGAGAGCCAAGCGUGAGAUUGAGAGGAACGACAACCCCAGUCCUGUUUUUCUGAGGUUGAUCAGAAGGUUGUCGUAGAGGCAUUUUUAUACUCGUAUUUAUUGCAGUUGUCAUAUAGACGUCACGAGAAAUGAAUUGUAGUG